AAAGCAGACAGAUGUAGAGACAGAGAGAUUCACACAGAGAUCAUUCAGCAUAAAGAAGACUGAACUCAACUCACAAUGAAGAUCCUCCUCAUCUUCCUCACUUUCUACCUGAUCUCAGGUGAGAGCUUUUCUCUUUCAUCACUGCACAUCACGGGAUAUUCUGGAGGAAGUCUUCUUGUUGAUUCUGGGAAACUUUGGUUCCGUGACUCUGCCAAAUAUAUGGCCAAAUUACCUGAGUGGAGAACAAUAAUAAAUGAUACAAAGCAUAAAUGGAUUAAAGAAGGACGAUUCACACUUUACCGAAACAAUGAGGGAAAGCUCAUGAUCUACAUCAGAGAACUGAACACACAAGAUGCUGGAAGAUACCGGAUUAGGGUUGAUGGCCAGUGGUCCAUCGAUAUGACUUUGAAUGUGGAAGAAGGUUCAUGUUGUAAAGUGUCAAAGAGAGUGAGGGUGAAUAUUGGAGAAACUGCCAAUUUCAGCUGUGAAUAUUCACAGAAUCAUAUUAAUGAUCCCAAGAUCAUAUUCAAAGAAGGAGAAGACUCAAUUGAGAUGAUUUACAGCAGAUGGAAGAAGAAAGAAAGAUUCAGUAUUUCUGAUGACAGACAUAAACACAUCUUCAGUGUGAGAAUCACUGCUGUGACACCAGAUGAUGGAGGAGUUUAUUUAUGUGGAGUUUGGAUCGGUGGAGACUUGUAUACUUACACAAUUAUUAAUACUGUCCAUCUACAUAUUAUGAAUUUCUCCAUGAUCAUCAUUAUUAGUGUGUGUGUGAUUCUGCUGCUGAUCGGUGGAUUCACUCUGACUGUGUGCAAAUUAAGACACAAGAGACAAGCUCAAAUGAAGAAUCAUGAUGAAUUACCCACAAUCCCCUCUGAUGAGCUCCUGUACGCUGCUGUCAGUUUCCAGAAGCAUGAAGAGUCUCUCAGUGACGCUACAGCCCGAUUCAGUAAUGAGGAGAUUCACUCUGAUUACGCAACGAUUAUUUAUCACACAAGACUCAACUAA